CGCCGCGUGGGCGAGAGGCCACCUCCUGCCCAAGCUGCAGGCGUACAUCGUCUCGGCGGUGGAGCGGAACGGCGGCGCGCAGCUCGGCGAGGACGACGGCGUCGACGCGUGGCUGGCGACCGACGGAGAGUUCGUCAAGCACGCGGUGCAAAAUGCGAUCCCGGACGGCUCCACCGGCAUCUGUUGCAUCCUCCUCCGGCCAGCGACGCCGGGCGGGAGGCGGCGUCUAAUGGUUGUCAACGUCGGAGACUCGCGCGCCGCGAUGGUCCACGCGGAGGGCAGUGCGAGGCCGCUCUCCGAGGACCACAAGCCCAACCGGCCCGACGAGAGGGCGAGGGUCGAGGCAGCGGGGGGGCACGUCAUCUUUGCCGGGUGCUGGCGAGUGCAGGGCGACCUCGCCGUCUCGCGCGCGUUUGGGGACUGCCAUCUAAAGCGGUACGGCGUCACGGCGGAGCCUGAGAUCAAGACGUACGAGCUCGGGCCGUCCGACGCCUUCUUGGUGCUCGCGUCGGAUGGGCUGUGGGACGUGGUCGACGAGCAGCAGUGCGCAAAGGUGGUCCUGCGCGCGCCGGACGCAAUCACCGCCGCCUCCGCCCUCUGCGACCUCGCCUCCGUGCGCGGCUCGAUGGACAACAUCACCUCGCUCGUGGUGGACGUGCGGCAGCUCUCUUGAGGUGGGCGGGGGGCAAACACGGGCGGGAGGCCUGGAGUGAGCGCCGUACGAUGGGGCGCCGUGGGCCUGUACAAUGCCGCUGCGCCGCCGCCGACUCGACACUCCCUUGCCCGCGUCGCGAGGGGCUCGCAUUCAGCCCGCUGUCCUCUCGCGCGCCCGCCGCCAACGGGCACCGCCACAGCCAUCGGCAUCGCCAGCUGAGGAGGGGGAGGGUGCAGGCAAGUCCGUGUUGCGCUUUCGAACCGGAUAGAAAGGGGCCCCCUC